ACGUAGCACUAGAACAGCCCUUCUUCAUGCGAUCUUGCCAGACCCAUUGGAGAAACCCCCCCUAAGGCAAGAUCUGUCACCGUUCACUCAUUUGCUGGAGGAGGAUCAGAAACUGUAUUAAAUGCGGCCAAGGAAUACACUGGAGUCUGUUAUAAAGGCGUCGAGAGGUUUCCGGUGCGAUCUCACAGUGGAGGGAGCAGGUUUCAACAGUUGACGCGGAGAGAACUGAGCGCAGGAGAAGCGAUUAAUUUUGAUUAUCUGAGAUCCUCCAGCAUCCUUUUCGCGUUUUUCUCUUUCCUUUUUCUCCCCCUCUCUCUUCCUCUCUCUCCUACGGCAAGGAUCACAGCAGCAGUGCCAGUGCAGACGAUCAUUGUCCGAAUGAAGGAUGCGAGAGCACCGCUUCCAAUUGGACUGGAUUAUGGGAUUAUUGGACUGAUUAUAGGACAAUCGUCGGGCAAAAAGUCGCAGCCGUGCCAUAGAUGCUCUUGAAUGACGGGAACACAAAAGGUUGGAGAGGAGUAUUAGCGCCGUAUCCUGCUUUUAUUUUACUUUGUGGCAUGGGCAGGCUGCAUAUGCUGCGCGAGCAGAACCCAUAUGCAACAGUGUGCCGCACAGGAGAAGAAAAAAAGUAAAUGCAUUGUGACUGGUUACACUGGCCAAUGCUGCAUUUUCAACGGGUAUGUCAGUAUUUUGCUGUAGCCUAGGUGUAGAUGUCGCAUGAGGGCAAUGCGCUUUUGUGAGCCACGGUCUAACCUUCACCACAGAGAUUCAAACGCUUUAACCUUGGAAGCAGUGAGGGAAUAUUAAUACUUUAUAGUCAUCGAUUAUUCAUUAUGUCCCACCCGUGAGGAAAAACAAAGCAUUCCUCGCGCACUAUGUUGAAUGUGAUGUUUAAUUCAUGCAUGAUGUGUCGUCGGGCGGUCAUCUUUGUUUACAGAAAGAGUUCAUCAUAGAGGGAACGGCAUGUGAAAGAGGUUUAUACGCCGAUUGAAAGGAGAUAAGGAUUCCGAAAUCGAUUUCAUAUCCAAUUAGUGUGAGAUCGGCGUCAAACACAUGUCUGGUUUGGGCUUGAUCCUCCAGGUUGUGCCGUAAUCAACAGGUUGAAAGUCAACGAGGAUUCUUUUAUUUUUUUUUUUCUGUCUGCCUCUACCGCAUAUCGAGUUGAAGGGAUGCGUCUCUCUGUACCCAUCUUCUUUUUACUGUGGGUUAAAGCCCUGACAUUGAAAAAUCUGAAUUAUUCUGUCCCAGAGGAGCAAGGACCUGGUACAGUUAUAGGUAAUAUAGCAAAAGAUGCCGGAUAUGGGACUAUGGAGAGAGGGAAAAAAUCAAACUUCAGAGUGCUGGAAAAUUCUGCACCACAUCUGGUGGAUGUUGACCCGGAGAGUGGACUUAUAUUCACCAAACAAAGGAUUGACAGGGAAACAUUGUGCAGGCGCAACCCCAAGUGCCAGCUCUCCAUGGAGGUGUUUGCCAAUGACAAGGAAAUAUGCAUGAUCAAAAUUGAUAUACAGGACAUAAAUGACAACUCGCCCAGUUUUCCUUCAGAUCACGUUAACAUUGAUAUUUCAGAGAACGCAGCUGCUGGCACGCGCUUCCCUCUGACAAUUGCACAUGACUCAGAUUCAGGGGAAAAUGGGAUAAAGACCUAUCAAGUCACAAGAGACGAUUACAACACCUUUUCUUUGGAUUUAAAAGUGAGGGGCGAUGGGACUAUAUAUCCAGAGCUGGUGGUUCAGAGACCCCUGGAUAGAGAGGAUCAGAGUCAUCACACCCUUCUCCUCACUGCAAUUGAUGGUGGGGAGUAUCCAAGAUCAGGCUCCAUGCAGAUUAACGUCAGAGUGACUGACUCCAAUGACAAUAGCCCCAUUUUUGAGAAAUCCUCCUAUGUGAUAGAGAUCCCGGAAAAUUCACCGCCAGGAAAAGUACUCAUAGAUUUGAAUGCCACUGACCAAGACGAGGGAAGCAACGGGCAGGUGGUUUAUUCCUUUACUGGAUAUGCAUCUGAGAGAAUGCAAGAUUUGUUCUCCAUUGACCCCAAUACAGGCAUCAUCAAGGUCCAGGGAGAAAUUGACUAUGAGGAAAAUCCAAUCAUAGAGUUUGACGUGCAGGCUAAGGACUUGGGGCCCAACCCGAUACCCGGCCACUGUAAAAUUACGGUUAAAGUGCAGGACAAAAAUGACAACUCGCCCAUUAUAAGUUUUGUUUCUGUCCGUCAAGGAGCCAUCAGCGAGGCAGCACCUCCGGAAUCUGUCAUAGCGUUGGUCAGAGUGACAGAUAAAGAUUCCGGCAGAAACGGUCAACUUCAGUGCCGGGUGCUGGGAAACGUACCCUUCAGACUGCAGGAAAACAAUGAUAAUUUUUACACGCUGCUCACAGACAGACCUUUGGACAGGGAGAUGAAAGAUGAAUACAAUGUAACAAUAGUGGCGCGAGAUAAUGGGAUCCCAUCUUUGAACUACACCAAGUCAUUCACUGUGAAAAUCCUGGACGAGAAUGACAACGCGCCGCGCUUUACAAAGACUAUUUAUGUGCUACAGGUGCCUGAAAACAACAUCCCAGGGGAGUAUUUGGGCUCGGUUCUGGCCCACGACCCAGAUGUAGGUCGAAAUGGAACAGUGUCAUACUCCAUUCUGCCGUCACUCAUCGGAGACGUUUCCGUGUACACCUAUGUGUCUGUUAAUCCCACAAACGGAGCCAUAUAUGCCUCACGCUCUUUCAAUUAUGAACAAACAAAAUCCUUCGAGUUCAAAGUUCAGGCUAAAGAUGGAGGAUCCCCUCACAUGGAGAGCACUUCUAUAGUCAGGGUCAAUGUACUCGACGUCAAUGAUAAUCUUCCAGUUAUUAUUUUGCCCCUCCUGCAGAAUGAUACGGCUGAAAUCCCAGUGCCUAGGAAUGUUGGCAUUGGAUACAUCGUGACCACAGUGAAGGCGGUGGACCACGAUCACGGAGAAAGUGGUCAUCUAACCUAUGAGAUCACAGAGGGAAAUGACGACCACCUGUUUGAAAUGGAUCCGUUGGGAGGAGAGGUCAGAACUGCCCAAGCUCUUUGGGAAGAGGUUGCCCCAGUGGUCGAGCUGGUGGUGAAGGUAACGGACCAUGGCAAGCCCCCCUUAUCUGCUGUGGCUAAGUUGAUCAUCAGGGCGAACACAGAAGCGGCACCAGGAGGGGGUUCCAGCACGAGCGGGGAACAGCAGCACUGGGACGUUUCCCUGCCCCUCAUAGUUACCCUCUGCAUUAUCUCUGUCAUGCUUUUAGCAGUCAUGACUGCCAUCGCUGUCAAGUCCAAGCAUCAAGAUAAGGAGACUGGGAAUUAUAACUGCCGCAUGGCUGAGUACUCCAAUCCUCCAGUGGGGAAGGGCAAAAAGAAAAGGAUCAACAAGAGUGACAUCAUGCUGGUGCAGAGUGAGAUGGAGGAGAGAGAUUCUGCGAGCAGGAUGAAUGUGGUGAGCAGCCCCUCACUCAUCACUUCUCCAAUAUGUUUUGACUACCAGAGCCCUCUGCCACUCACACUGCCCAGGUCAGAGGUCAUGUACCUGAAAACAACCCCAAACAGCCUGACAGUCCCGAGAGCAGGUUGCCACUCCAGCUUUGCCGGGCUAAGCACAGACACUCCAGCAAGUAGAAUGUCAGUGAUACAGACGGAAAAUUUCCCCUCAGAGUCCAACUAUGCUGGCAGCAGGCAACCAUUUGUCCAAAGCUCAACAUUUAAGGAUGCAGAACGAGCAAGCCUCCGAGACAGUGGCCAUGGUGAUAGUGACCAGGCUGAUAGUGACCAGGAUACUAAUAAAGGCUCACACUGCGACACGUCUGCCAGAGAGGCCCUCAAGAUGAAAGCAACAGCAGUUAAUGGCCAGCCUUUUGAGCAGGAGCAAGACAAAUCAGUCCACUGCACCGAUGAAUGUCGUGCACUGGGACAUUCUGACAGAUGCUGGAUGCCAAAGUUACGGGUAGGAAGCCAAGCAGACAGCGCCGAUAAUCGCACCAACCUUUUCAUCCCUGUGGGAAUGGAUGCCAUGGUAGAGACAGAGAUUUAUGGCACCAUCAGCCGCGGCAGCAGAAAAACCCUCAGCACGUUUGGAAAGGAACAGCGAGACAGUACAAUCCUUGUGGCCAAUGUCAAACCUUACUUGAAAUCACAGCGUGCACUGAGCCCACCACUACAGGAGAGUCCAUCUGCAUCCAGUAGUCCAACCAAGAGUAGUUUGCCCCUGGACUUGGCCAACCAAGGGUCCAAAGAAGAUAGGGAGGGGGGUUCAGACAGCAGUGCCUAUGGCCCUCCAGAUGGCCAGUGCUCCCCACUGCACACUGAAUUGGAGGAGCCGUCCUACCUGACCUGCGAGCUCAAGCCUAAGUCCCUGUCAAGCAGUCUCAUUCACAGCUCUGUCAUCAGCCAGGAGUGUGGGGGGUCAGAUUAUCCGCUCGACCCACGGGACUCUGGUAACUGACGGGUCAGCUCAUCUUGCUUACUCACACCUGCCAGGGGUGAGCUGAUUAAAUCACAGAUGAAAUCACAGAUGAAUGACCAAGAGGUGAUUUUCUUGUUUUCCUUCUUCUUCUUUUUUUUGACCCACAGAGGUGUCCAG